CAAAUAUUGGCAUGUAGCAACUAGAAGAGGGACUAAAACCUCAAUUUUCUAAAACCCAAACCCAAGAAGAUUCUAAAAGCGAACUCUUUAUUUAAGGAAUCUGCAAUAUCUUUGUGAGUUUAGGCGUCAGCCGUGCUGGGGAAGCUGCAAUAUCUUUGUAUUAUCUGGGUUCAAUUUGUGUGGUGUUUAUGCUGUAUGGGUAGAAUUUAGAACUGAAUUGUAGUGAAUUUAUCUGGGUUUUGAUUAAUUAUGGAUUUAAACGAAGUACCCAGUGAUCAAAUGGUAAACAGAGUGAAAAUUGAGGAGAAAAAGGUGGUGAAUUUUAAUGGUGUAGUAAAUAAAGAAUUGCAAGAUUCUAAAAUCAAGCAUACUGGGAUAGAAGAGGAGAUUUUCGCCUUUGAAUUAGAAAUUCAGAAUAAAGCCGCGAAUUUGGAAGCAAUUGAGGGUAAAAUUAGGGUUUUGGGAGGUGAGAAACUGAGAGUUGAAGAGGAAAUAAAGGUAUUGAGGAAGAAGAAGGCCGCGCUUGAAAGGGCGGUAGUGGAUGGUGAGUUUUCCUUGGAUGAGUGUAAGGUGGAGAGUGAGGAAGUGUUUAAUGUUGGUGAAUUGAUGGUUGAGAAUAAAGAUUCGGAAUGCGAGAAGAAUGUCAUUGUUCAGGAAGUGGAAGAUUGGAAGCGGAAAUGCAAGGAGUUGGAGUCACGCGUGCUUGAAUUGGAGGGAAGGUUUGCGUGUGAAGUCAAAGAUGGCAUCUCGAUUGGAAUACAGGGAGCUACUUCCAUGAAUUGUGAUGAUGUUUGUGCUCCAAGAUGUUUUGGUUCUUCAUCUCGUUUACCGGGUGCAAUACAUGUAGAUGUACUAAGGCCUAUGGAAGACACACCACCAGACAAACAAUCUGUACUUACUGAGGAUAUUCCAACUAAUAAAGGGCAUGUCAAGAGACGACUUGUUUAUCAAAUUGAGAGAACUUACAAUGAGAAAAUCGCUCCACUGACUCAGGCUGGACCAAGGCCUUCCUAUUCUGCUGUUAUUGAUAUAAAUGACAGUGAUAAUGAGUGUGAUGUCCAGGCUAGACACAGGCCUACUUCGCUGAGUGAGGGAAUGCCUCGUAUGAUGUCGGAUCAUGGUGUUCACCUAACAGAUGGAAUCAUGGAUGGGGUUCACUAUGGGGAAGAACAGAGUUGUGACAGGGGAAGUGCCCCUUCUAACAUGACCCCAAAGACUAAGAGAAAGCGAGACCUUAUGGUGUUUAUGAGUGAUGAUGAGUGUGAGGAUCACGAUUGUAUGCCCAGUAGACGAGCACUUAAAUUAGAGAACAGUGACAAUGAGGGUGAAGAAGUUGAUAUCACACCAAUAAGGCGAGUUCCGAACAGGGUUACUAGUGAUAGUGAGAAUGACGAUGAUGAUGAUAAUAUUCCAAUUAGUCAACUCAAGAGGAUUGGUGUUCGAGGUUCUAAUCAACCCGCUGGCGCUCUGAAUUCAACUCGUCCAAGGAGACGUCUGGUUAAGUAUGGACAAGGUGAACAAAAGAAUCCUGAUACCCUGACAACUGAAAAGGUUGCAGGCAUUGAUGAGUCAUCAGAAGAUGAGUCAGAUAGUAGUGUUAAGAGCUUAAGUAGUUUUAUUGUCGAUGACUCUGAUGAGGAUGUGGAAGAUGAUGAUAUGUCGAAAGAAGAUGAUGGAGAUGAUUCUUAUGAUCCCGAAGACAUGUCGGAUAGUAAUCUUGAUUUUGAAGACAUAAUCUCUAGACUUCAGAGUAGAAGACAUCCUGACUCUAAAUGGGUUCUGGAAGCUGAUAUGCUCUCUGAUUUUGGUAAAAAUCCUGAAUUAUGCAUGAGGGCUGUAUGUGCUCUUUAUCGCCAGCAAACAAAUGAGGAAAAGGCAUGCAAAGCAAGCCUCAUCCCUAAUGGACGAGGGUUUAGCAAAUUUGAUGCGACAAGGGGAUCGUUCUUAGGAGAUUUUCUAACUGACGGAGAUCCAAAUGGCGAUUUGGUGAAAUCUGUAGAGGAGUUGCAAGAGCAUGAUCCUUAUGGAGUUGAAGAAUGCCGCAAAUUAGCAACACACUAUUCUAAGCAACUGUUCAAUAUCUAUGAAAGUGGAGAAGAUCCUUUUUUCCCAUAAUCCCUUCUACUUCAAUCAUCGGCAUCUCUCUUAUGGUUUCCAGUGCUUCGGCUGAUUCUGUAGGUUUAAGUUUAUCAGCUGUCUUAGAGAUUGUGGAUUUUGUACUCUUGAUCCUUGCCAAACUGACCUAGUAUUUUGCGGCUUUUGAUCGUUGCCAACUGAUCCUGUGUAAAUCGGGAGAUCUGAUAUUAGAUAUUAAGUUAAAUCUGAACCAGUUAAUGUUUUAUAAGUAUGACUAGGAGUAGUUUCAUUUCCAGGGUAAACCUGUGUAAAUCAUGAGAUUUAACAGUAGUACAAUUCUGUGUAUAUUUUGGACGAUGAAAAUCCCCUGUACUAUCUAUAUAUUACUAUACAUAGGUUUUCUACGCA